CCCCCAGCCCCAGCCAUGGGCCCCCCGCUAGCGCUCCUGGGCGCCGGCCCCGCGCACCUCGCCCUGGGCUGCUGCUGCUGCCUGCUGCUCUUCGUCGCCUCUGCCUCGGCGGCUGAAGGGCUCGGAAGGGGUUUUGGGGAUCACAUUCACUGGAGAGCACUGGAAGAUGGAAAGAGUGAGGCAGCUGCCAGUGGGCUGCCCCUGAUGGUCAUCAUCCAUAAGUCCUGGUGUGGCGCCUGCAAAGCCUUAAAGCCCUUGUUUGCGGAGUCCAAGGAGAUUUCAGAACUUGCCCACAAUUUUAUUAUGGUCAAUCUUGAGGAUGAAGAGGAACCAAAGGACGAAGCCUUUAGCCCUGAUGGCAGCUAUAUUCCGAGAAUCCUUUUCCUGGAUCCCAGUGGCCAGGUGCACCCUGAAAUCAUCAAUGAGAAAGGAAACCCCAGCUACAAGUACUUCUACAUCAAUGCUGAGCAGGUGGUUGAGGGGAUGAAGGAAGCCCAGGAAAAGCUGACUGGUGACUCCUUUAAAAAAAAACAUCUGCAAGAUGAGCUGUGAUGGGCUGUGAGCUUGCCCCUUCCUUCACUGAAAUAAAGGUGUGGGGAGGAAUCUUCUUCUGGAAGAGACCAGGAGUGACUUGCACUGGAAGACAGGACCUCCCUUCUGGGAAAGGACUCUGUCCUCUUGAGAAAAUCCACUUUUUCCAUCCAGUUGCAUGUCCUGGGAUUCCUCCUCUCCUUCCCUACCGCCUUUCCACUCAUUUGCCUGUUUGGCCUGAGAAGGGGCAUUGGAUGGCCUUGUGGGUGGGCCUUCGCCACACGUGCCCGGCUUCUCAUCCCUUCUUCCCCAUCCUCCAUGCCUGACUCACACGGGUGUCCCUUGGUCGCCCUCCAGCAAGCCAGCUUAUCAGUUUCUGUUUCUAAAGGUUGGUCAGCGGCUCUAGCCCAGAGGGAAACCGGGGAAUAUUACUUCCUUGCCCUUGACCUUCCUUCCUCCUGUCUCUCUCAUUUUCCCUGUUUGUUCCGGGAAUUAAGUGAACUCUGAAUGAACUCCCCUUUCCCUCCCCACCCACCGCCCGUCAUCUAUGUUUGAGCAAUGCUGCACCUUCUGUGGAUCCAUUCUAGUCAUUUCAUCACACUGUAUUUUUGUAUUAGGGUUUGGAAAAUGACUUGUAGUUUAAUUAAACUUUUAAAUAAUGCUUUAAAGGAAA